GAAAUAAUGUAUGUUAAUGUAUGUAGGUGGAAACGAAUCUUUACUGUACCUACAUGUAUUCACUUUAGUAACAAAAGUGAUGUAACAAAAAUUUGAAAAUCUCCAAUAAUUUCGAUGAUGCUGAACAAUUGUGUAUCAUUAACGACUUCACCACAACAAUUAGCAGCAAUUAGAACAUAAUGUCCGCAAUGGAUGAAUUCGCUCUCAUCAGUCACAAGGGCUUCAAAUUCCUCAUAACAAAAAAUCCGUCCAACAACAACUUGGAGGGCUUCAUCAAAGAAUUAAAAAACAACAACGUGAAAGUGGUCGUGCGCGUUUGCGAGCCCACCUACGACACGGAGGCCCUCAAAGGGGCCGGCAUCCAAGUGUGCAAUCUCACCAUUCCAGAUGGCACUUUCCCAUCGGAGAGGAUCAUCGACGAUUUCUUCGAGAUAUUGAAAAGACAGUACUGCAUCAACCCGGAAUCCUGCGUGGCAGUUCACUGCAUCGGUGGUUUGGGUAGAGCCCCGGUGAUGGUGGCCACGGCUUUAAUCGAACUGGGCUUCCCCUACGAAGACGCCGUGAAUUUAAUAAGGGAGAAACGGAGAGGAGCCAUCAACGCCAAGCAGCUGGAAUUCCUCUCGAAAUACAAGCCGAAAUCGCGAUUGGGAAACGACAAGAAGAAGCCGUGCGUCAUCCAAUGAUUCCAUCGCGACCGUGCGUUUUUCGUAUCGGAUAGUUUCAAUGACGUUUCAAACAUGUCGUUAAAAUAAGUAGCAUUAUUGGGUUUGAACAAGACAAAACAAUAAGUGUGCAUGCGUAAUAAAAUGGUGCCAAUGUAGCUGAUAAAUGUAGAUAGAUACCGAUGAGAUAAAUGAGUUUUAGGGACGCUUCUUGCUUGUAUUUUGUAUAAUUUGACAAUGAUAAGUAGUUAUAAAUUCUUCUAUAUUUCAGCAUGGGACGUCAUCGACAGAUUGGUUUGAACGUUCCAUAUAGGUAUCUUAAUUAUUAUUUAUAAAUUAACAACUUUUAUCAUUGGUAAUAAUACCCUGUUAAUAUGCCUGUUUAUAUUAUGUCUUUAAUAGAUACGAAGAUUCAUAAUAUUACUUGAAAUUUAUUGUAUAAAAUUAUUGUAGUAACCAAAAACUUAUUGUAUUAUAAGUAGAAAUUGUAAGAAUAUUUUUUUAUUUAUUUAUCUUUUAUUUUAGUAGAGUUGGCAUUUUAAUUUCGAGAGAACUUGUAUAAUAAACAUUUCAAAUAA